GAAUCUGGUUUGUUCUCCUUUUAUUAUUGUUAUUAUUGUCAAAAUGUCAAUCUACGAAAGUAAGACGUCGAGUCGUAAAGGCAAUAAUUCCAAAAAGGGUCAAGCACAUCAAAACACGACAGCAUGGAAAGCCAACAAGAAUUCCAAAAAGACUCGACAGAUCGCAGCAUUGCCAGUAUAUGGUCUCUGUCAGCGCUGCACUGAUGUUAUUCUGUGGCGUAAGAAGUAUAAGAAAUAUAAGCCUUUGACUACACCCAAGCGAUGUACUGGUUGCCAAGAAAAAGCUAUUAAAGAAGCAUACCAUGUCUUGUGUGAUAACUGUGCUCGUAAUAGAGGUGUCUGUGCAAAGUGCUUAGAAUCAAAGGAGAUUAUUAUAACAAAAGAAGAAGCAUUACUGGGUCCAAAAUCAGAAGACGAAGAAGGAGAGGAAAGUGAUGAAGAAGAAGACUCAUAGAAUGUAUCUUAUAUAUUUAUUAUCAUAUUUGCAAAUUGCAUCAGUAAAUUGUACAAAGCAUCAUUACUUGACCUUAGUCACC